GGAUAACUUACCGAUCAGCAGUAGAAGGUGGGCUUCGAAGCAAUUGGGGAUAGAGAAAGCGAAGGAGCGAGAAGGCGGAGAUGGCGAUGGCGGCGAACCCAAACCCUGAAUUGGAGUCUGACAUCGAAGAGGGAAAUGGAAAGCCUAACCCUAACGUUGCUCCGGCUGCCCCUCUCGUUUGCCUCCUGAGGUUUGCGGGUGACUCCGCUGCCGGGGCUUUGAUGGGUUCUAUCUUUGGCUACGGUACAGGCCUGGUUAAGAAGAAAGGUUUUAAGGGAUCUUUUGCUGAAGCAGGAGCUUCUGCUAAGACAUUUGCAGUUUUAUCUGGAGUUCAUAGUCUUGUUAUUUGCUUCCUCAAGAGAAUGCGAGGAAAAGAUGAUGUCAUUAAUGCUGGUGUGGCAGGCUGUUGCACUGGCCUUGCUUUGAGUUUUCCAGGUGCACCGCAAGCUCUCCUGCAGAGCUGCCUCACAUUUGGAGCAUUCUCCUGCAUUAUGGAAGGCCUCAACAAGCAACAGCCAGCAUUAGCUCUCCCCUCUUCUGCAUACAAGGAGAAUACCAAUGGCCCUCUGAAUGUUCUUCCUCCCUUCACUCUCCCCCUUCCAGUGGUUGAAGGCUUCUCUUCAUUCUGCAAAUCUCUACCCAGAUCCAGGUUUUCUUCCUUUCCUUGAUUCCCAAUGUACCAAAAUUUUUUAUUAUGAAUUUUUUGUGAAGGUGCAGAGGAAAUAAUUAAAAUUUUAUUCUUGUUUUGUGCCUUCCAUAGUCCUCAUGCUUGUGUUGUAGCUUUGGUAAAAAAAAAUAAAUUUGUUUGAAGUUUUUU